CGCGCGCCCCAACGCAGCCUGCAGGAGCUUUCGGGGCGCGCUCGGGGCCGCCUGGGGCCCGCGGGCCGCCGCCACCACCAUGUCGGGCACCAAGGUGCAAGUCGCCGUGCGCGUCCGGCCGCUGAACCGGCGGGAACUGGAACUCAACACCAAAUGCGUGGUGGAGAUGGAAGGCAACCAGACGCUUUUGCACCCGCCGCCUUCUAACAGCAAGCAGGGAGAGAGAAAACCUCCCAAGGUAUUUGCAUUUGAUUAUUGCUUUUGGUCUAUGGAUGAGACCAACACCACGAAAUAUGCUGGUCAAGAAGUUGUUUUCAAGUGCCUUGGAGAAGGAAUUCUGGAAAAAGCCUUUCAGGGGUAUAAUGCUUGUAUAUUUGCGUAUGGACAGACAGGCUCAGGAAAAUCUUUCUCCAUGAUGGGCAAUGCUGAGCAACUGGGCCUUAUUCCUCGGCUCUGUUGUGCUUUAUUUAAAAGGAUCUCGGUGGAGCAGAAUGAGCAACAGACCUUCAAAGUGGAGGUGUCCUACAUGGAAAUUUAUAAUGAGAAAGUUCGGGAUCUUUUGGACCCCAAAGGGAGUAGACAGUCCCUUAAAGUUCGAGAACAUAAAGUUUUGGGACCAUAUGUCGACGGCUUGUCUCAACUGGCUGUCACUAGUUUUGAGGAUAUUGAGUCCUUGAUGUCUGAGGGAAAUAAGUCUCGGACUGUCGCUGCCACGAACAUGAAUGAAGAAAGCAGCCGCUCCCAUGCUGUCUUCAACAUCAUCAUCACACAGACACUCUAUGACCUGCAAUCCGGGAACUCCGGAGAGAAGGUCAGUAAGGUGAGCUUGGUAGACCUGGCAGGGAGUGAGCGAGUGUCUAAGACGGGAGCGGCAGGAGAGCGACUGAAGGAAGGCAGCAACAUUAACAAGUCUCUCACGACCUUGGGUUUGGUUAUAUCAUCAUUGGCCGACCAGGCAGCUGGCAAGGGGAAAAACAAAUUUGUGCCUUAUCGAGAUUCGGUCCUCACUUGGCUUCUGAAGGACAAUCUGGGGGGCAACAGCCAGACCUCCAUGAUUGCCACCAUCAGCCCAGCCGCAGACAACUAUGAAGAGACCCUGUCCACCUUACGCUAUGCAGACCGAGCCAAGAGGAUCGUCAAUCACGCCGUGGUCAACGAGGACCCCAAUGCCAAAGUCAUCCGGGAACUGCGGGAGGAGGUGGAAAAGCUGAAGGAGCAGCUCUCACAGGCCGAGGCGAUGAAGGCCCCUGAACUGAAGGAGAAGCUUGAAGAGUCUGAAAAGCUAAUCAAAGAACUCACCGUGACAUGGGAAGAGAAGCUGAGGAAAACAGAAGAAAUUGCACAGGAAAGACAGAGACAGCUCGAGAGUAUGGGGAUUUCCCUGGAGACCUCUGGGAUCAAGGUGGGAGAUGACAAGUGCUACCUAGUCAACCUGAACGCAGACCCUGCUCUCAAUGAGCUCCUGGUUUAUUACUUAAAGGACCACACCAGGGUGGGUGCAGACACGUCGCAGGACAUCCAGCUCUUCGGAAUAGGUAUUCAGCCCGAGCACUGCGAGAUCCACAUUGCCCCUGAUGGAGACGUCACUUUGACCCCCAAAGAAAAUGCUCGGUCCUGUGUGAAUGGCACCUUACUGGGCAGCACCACCCAGCUGUGGCACGGCGACCGCAUCCUAUGGGGAAAUAACCACUUUUUCCGGAUCAACCUGCCCAAGAGGAAGCGGCGAGAUUGGCUGAAGGAUUUUGAAAAAGAAGCGGGUCCACCCGAGCAUGAUGCCGACUCGGCCAGCGAGGCCUCGUCGGAGCCCGACUACAACUAUGAGUUUGCACAGAUGGAGGUUAUCAUGAAAACACUCAACAGCAAUGAUCCGGUUCAGAACGUGGUUCAGGUCCUAGAGAAGCAGUAUUUGGAGGAGAAGCGGAGUGCCCUGGAGGAGCAGCGACUCAUGUACGAGCGGGAGCUGGAGCAGCUUCGUCAGCAGCUGUCCCCAGAGCGGCAGAGCCAGAACAGUAGCGCCGACCGCCUCACCUACAGCCAGACGGCGCAGCAGAAGGUGACACUGUGGGCCGAGGAGAGGGAUGAACUCUUCCGGCAGAGCCUGGCAAAGCUUCGUGAGCAGCUAGUGAAAGCCAACACCCUGGUGAGGGAGGCCAACUUCCUAGCCGAGGAAUUGAGCAAACUCACCGACUACCAGGUGACCCUGCAGAUCCCCGCUGCCAACCUCAGUGCCAACAGAAAGAGGGGCGCCAUUGUGAGUGAGCCGGCUAUCCAGGUGAGACGCAAAGGGAAGAGCACCCAAGUUUGGACCAUCGAGAAGCUGGAGAACAAGCUAAUUGACAUGCGAGACCUUUAUCAGGAGUGGAAGGAGAAGGUGCCCGAGGCGAAGAGGCUCUGUGGGAAGCGAGGGGACCCUUUCUACGAAGCCCAAGAGAAUCACAACCUCAUCGGCGUGGCCAACGUCUUCCUGGAAUGUCUCUUCUGUGAUGUGAAGCUGCAGUAUGCAGUUCCCAUCAUCAGCCAGCAGGGGGAGGUGGCGGGGCGCCUGCACGUGGAGGUGAUGCGAGUAACGGGCGCUGUCCCCGAGCGUGUAGCAGAGGACGACUCCUCGGAGAACUCCAGCGAGAGUGGGAGCCUCGAGGUGGUGGACAGCAGCGGGGAGGUCAUUCACCGAGUGCGGAAGCUGACCUGCCGGGUGAAAAUCAAGGAGGCCACGGGGCUUCCCUUGAACCUGUCCAACUUCGUCUUCUGUCAAUACACCUUCUGGGACCAGUGUGAGUCCACUGUCGCUGCCCCCGUGGUGGACCCCGAGGUGCCAUCCCCACAGUCCAGGGACGCCCAAUACACAGUGCUCUUCUCCCACUGCAAGGACUACGUGGUGAAUGUAACGGAGGAAUUCCUCGAGUUCAUCUCCGACGGGGCACUGGCCAUCGAGGUGUGGGGGCACCGGUGUGCGGGGAAUGGCAGCGCCAUCUGGGAGGUCGACUCUCUGCAUGCCAAGACCAGGACGCUGCAGGACAGGUGGAACGAGGUGACACGCAGGAUCGAGCUGUGGAUCUCCAUCCUGGAGCUGAACGAGCUGGGGGAGUAUGCUGCUGUGGAGCUCCACCAAGCCAAAGACGUCAACACCGGAGGCGUCUUCCAGCUCAGACAGGGCCAUUCUCGGAGAGUGCAGGUCACGGUGGCCCCAGUGCAGCACUCAGGGACCCUGCCUCUCAUGGUGGAGGCCAUCCUGUCUGUGUCCAUCGGCUGUGUCACCGCCAGAUCCACCAAACUGCAGAGGGGCCUGGACAGCUACCAGGAGGAAGACUUAAACUGCGUGAGAGAAAGGUGGUCGGAUGCUCUCAUUAAGCGGCGAGAAUACUUAGAUGAGCAGAUUAAGAAAGUCAGCAACAAGCAAGAAAAGACAGAAGAUGAUGUGGAGCGGGAAGCAAGACUGGUGGAGCAGUGGGUGGGGCUGACAGAGGAGAGGAACGCAGUGCUGGUCCCCGCACCCGGCAGUGGCAUCCCCGGGGCACCCGCAGACUGGGUCCCGCCGCCUGGAAUGGAAACCCACAUACCAGUUCUCUUCCUAGAUUUGAAUGCAGACGACCUGAGUGCCAAUGAGCAACUCGUGGGCCCCCACGCAUCGGGGGUGAACUCCAUCCUGCCCAAGGAACAUGGCAGCCAGUUCUUCUACCUGCCCAUCAUCCGACAUAGCGACGAGGAGGUUUCAGCCACGGCCUCUUGGGACUCAUCAGUGCAUGACUCUGUGCACUUAAACCGGGUCACACCUCCCAACGAAAGAAUCUACCUGAUCGUGAAGACCACGGUGCAGCUCAGCCACCCAGCGGCCAUGGAGCUGGUGCUGCGGAAGCGGAUUGCAGCCAAUAUCUACAACAAACAGAGCUUCACCCAAAGUUUGAAGAGGAGAAUAUCACUGAAAAAUAUUUUUUAUUCCUGCGGAGUGACCUAUGAAAUAGUGUCAAACAUACCAAAGGCCACCGAGGAGAUUGAAGACCGGGAAACACUGGCCCUCAUGGCAGCCAGGAGCGAGAACGAAGGUGCGUCAGAUGGAGAGACAUACAUCGAGAAGUAUACCCGGGGCGUGCUGCAGGUCGAGAACAUUCUGAGCCUUGAACGGCUCCGGCAGGCCGUGACCGUGAAGGAAGCUCUGUCCAACAAAACACGACAACUGCGGAGAAGCCUCAGCACGCCCAGCGUCCACAAUGUUUCUUCCAGUCGGCCAGACCUCUCCGGCUUUGAUGAAGAAGACAAGACAUGGCCAGAAAACCAGCUGGAUGUUUCUGACUACAGCUCCAGUUACCAGGAUGUUGCCUGCUAUGGGACAUUGCCCAGGGAUUCCCCGAGAAGGAGUAAAGAAGGUUUUCCACCAGAGAAUCCUCAUGCCUUAGCCAUCAGCCCGUUUAAAGCAUUCUCUCCUCAGCCACCAAAGUUUUUCAAACCCCUGAUGCCUGUGAAAGAGGAACACAAGAAGAGGACAGCCCUCGAGGCCAGGCCCCUUCUGAGCCAGGAGAGCAUGCCUCCACCGCAGGCACAUAACCCUGGCUGCAUUGUGCCCUCAGGAAGCAAUAGCAGCAUCAUGCCACUAGAACACAAUAGCAAACGUGACAAGAAGAUUGACUCCGAAGAGGAGGACGGCGACCUGGAAGCCCUGAACAGGAAACUGGCCAGCUCGCAGCCUUACAUCCCAGUGGAAUUCGCCGACUUCAGCGUUUACAAUGCUGGCUUGGAGAACCGAGAAUGGUUCGUGUCCAAGGCGGAUCUGACCAACUGCAGGGUGUCGGAGAAAGAAGUGUCCCGCAGCCCCACCACCAGCAGUAUUACCAGCGGCUACUUCUCCCACAGUGCCUCCAACGCCACCCUCUCGGACAUGGGGGUCCCCUGCAGUGACAGCUCGGACCAGCUGGCCGGCCAGACCAAGGAGGCCGACUCCGGCGAGCAUCCUGGACCCCCAGUGGGGCAGGAUUUCCGACCUUCCUUGACCCGAGAGGUGCCUGAACCAGACAGAGGCCUGGUCAAAGGCCAUCGAGUGACACCGCCACCCAAGGAAAACAGUGCCUUAGCCAAAGGGAGCCCAGGGUGCCCGCAGGUGGCAGAAAAUGACUCCAGGCCAUGCUGCAGGACCGGCUCAUGUUCUGAUGGAGAUGUCCCCAAUGCCAGCAAGAAUGGGCCAGUGGCCCGAGAGUUCUGUUCCAGGGAGGUGACCGUGGAGCACACCACCGCCAUCCUGGAGGACUAUUCCUUUACUGAGUUCAUGGGGGUGUCUGAUGGGAAGGACUUCGAUGGUCUGCCGGAUUCUCCUGCUGGAGGAGAGCCUUUGGGCAGAAGGACUGUCCCCAACAGAAUAGACAGGAAGAGUAUAUCUGAUGGGACCCGGGAGCCCGGACGGUUGCAUUCCUCAGCGGAGAAUGACCAGGGGACCCGGACUGCACGGUGAGAACAACCAGCACCUCUCUGCAGGCCACAUGGCUGUGGCCAUCACCAGCCCAUCUUUGAAACCUGCUGCAGCCUAGCCGACCUCACACCUCAAGGGGAAGUCGGGCACUCCCCAAGCCGCCCCCUUCCCCUACCAGCCGAGGCAAGCGGCACUUUGUCACUCGGGUGAAUUGACAGCCUCCGCCUUUCCUAGAAAGUCAGAGCGCAGUGCACCGUGGAUGAAUUCAGUGGCAGUAUUUUUGUUUGCACUUAACUACUGUGUAGAGACCUCUGCAGAUUCAGACCGACUUGAUUCUUUUCUUGUACAGUUUUAAUCAAUUCUUACUGUAGAAUCUGGAGUGGCUGCUCUGAUGGUUGUUAUUGGUUUUAUUGUUUUGUUUUUUUUAUAAAUAAUAUAUUAUAUUAUAUAUAUAUAUGAAAUGUGUAUCUAUAGUAUGUCUGUUUGGAGACAAGCCUGCACACUAAAAUGCAGAUCAAAGUGGCUUGUAGAAAAUUGUAAGGUACUGGACUUGGUUUUUUGUUUCUUUUUUUGAAAAAAAAAAAAAAGCAACUUGGACUUUCUCCGACGCCAGCACAUGAAAACAAGUUUCUUGCCUCAGAUCGAGUUUGCAAAUCGCUCUUUGCAGAAAGGGUUCCAGAAAGCUGUUCUUGCUAACCAAAGAACUCCCACCAGACUGAGCGUGUUUGCUGUCCACUCUUGUCUGUGUUUCUCUCUGUCCGACUGCGAGUCGAGUGCUACGUUCCCUUGGCUUUGAGCCGCACACUGCCGUUCUGCUUCAGAAGCACACUGAAAACUCUCCCCCACUCUGUUGGGUCUUCCACCGGGUCCACCUGCUGCCGGCUGGGCACUGGCUUAUUAGAAACUCUACUAGUCCCUGGGGCUUUGAGUCCCAGCAGUUUUGGUCUACUGGUUCAGCACAGCCAGCAGGUGAGGCGUGGAGAGCAGUAUUAUUACUGUAAGAAAACA